AUGUAUCGAGCUCUACCUGUCUCGAGGCAGGUCGCCUCGACAUCCAGCAGGCAAUGCGUAAAGGUCAUCAGACGGCGUCUGACAACCGAAGCUACUGAAGGGGCUGCGUCUCCCAAGAAGAAGAAAAUGCUGCGCAAAAUUUUAUUGACUACAACAGCCUUGACUGGCACGUUCUACGUCGGCAGCACCUUCGUCGCGUUCAACAAUCAGGCAUACUAUGACCUCUUCUCGGACAAAGUUCCUCUCGGACAAUCGAUGCUUGAUUUCGCUGAAGCUCGGAAAUGGGACGAACUCACCGUCGGUGACGUUCUUAAGGCUGGGUCAAAUGUCGUGGUGACGACAUACCAGUUUGCGUCUGACCUCAUCAACGGUACAACGCGACCUUCGGACGUGGUGGAAAAGGCGAAGGCGGCUGUGGAGAAGAAGGCAACCGAAGCCAGAGCUGCGUCCCUCAAAGCUAUCAAGCAGGCCCCUGCGAAAGCAGAGCGUGUGGCUCAGCCGGCCCAGAAGGUGACGGAGGCCAAGGAAGAGGUGCAGAAGGUUGUGGAGAAGGCGGAGACCGUGGUCAAGGGCGUCGCAGAUAAGGCGAAAUUCGAAUAUCAAGAGUUGGUCCAACGGGCAGAAGCUGCCAUCGCUGGAAAGCCCUAUGAAGCCAAGGACGCGCCUUCAAGUCUUACCGACACGAAUUCAACGCCGGUUCCUGCAGGCAACGUGUACGAUCGUCCACUACCUCUUGGAUUCGAACCUCCUCCGGGCUUCUCUCGUCCUGUGCCUCCCAAGCCCAGGGUCGAGAAAACGUCCCAAGAACCCGAAUCCAUCGUCCUUCCUUUGGUCUCACCUGUCGUUUCGACUGUAUCAGAACCUAUCAUCACCCAUCUUGCCAGUACCAUUGACAAUCUUGCCAGCUACUUGAAAGCGGACCCUAAGGCCGCCCAGCAAGCUGGUGAUGUCCUCGAAAGUGCCAAGACCGACCUUGCUGCCCUCGUUGACCGCAUUGACGCGGUAAAGGAACAAGAGAGAACAGCACUUGAAGCAAAACUUGAUGAACAGACCAGAGAAUAUACCCUCAAACUCAUGGAGCUGGAGAUGGAGGCACAGGAUAAAUUGGAUAGCCAAGAGGAAGGCUUCAGGCAACUUUUCGAGCAGGAAAGGGCAAGGUUUGUUCAGGCAUAUCGGGAAAAGCUGGAACACGAGCUGAAGGUGCAGACUGAACUCAUCAACGAACGCCUAAAGGAGGAAGUCAUUGCCCAAGGUAUCGAGCUUCAGCGCCGAUGGAUUCGCGAGGUGAAAGUGCGGGUUGAGCAAGAGCGGGGCGGUCGUCUUGCUAAACUUGAUGAGCUUUCAGCAAACCUCAAGCGUCUAGAACGUAUCGCCCUGGACAAUUCGGCUUACCUUGAUGAGAACAUCCGCGCCCAUGCUCUUUGGUCUGCUCUUCGUGCUCUGACAAGUAGCGCCACUUCGUCCCCCGUUCGGAAACCCUUCCGUGAAGAGCUUCGCGUUCUACGCCACAUAACAGCUGCGCGUGAGGAUCCCGUCGUUGCGACGGUGCUUGAUACACUGGACAGCACCGACGUCCCCGACGUCGGCGUGGAGCCUUUCGCCGAUCUUUCGACGUGGUUCAUCAAUGAAGUGUCACCCAAGGUCGCCCAGGUCGCCCUUGUACCCGACGAGAAUGCUGGAGUCUUGUCGUAUCUCGCCAGUCGCGCUCUUUCGGGCUUCAGGUUUAAGCAUCAGGGCCUCGUACCCGGGAAUGAUGUCCUGAGUGUCCUCGCAAGGGCUGAAUAUUACCUCAACGAAAAGGAUCUCGAUACUGCGACUCGGGAACUAAACCAAUUGAAGGGGCCUGCGAAGAUUUUGCUGCAUGACUGGUUGGAGGCUGCGCGCCGGAGAUUAGAGGUCCAGCAAGCUUUAGACGUUGUACAUACGCAAGCCACUCUAGCUUCCCUACUUGUUGUAUAG